GAAAUAUCACAUUAAAGAAAUGGAGUUAUCUUUCACACAAGGUCGAUGGAACUAUGAAAGAUGGGGUGGAUUUGAUACAAUAUCUAGCCAAAAUGCAAAGCCUCCUGGUGUUGAAUUGUGGGCAGUCUUUGAUGUCCCUCCUAAUCAGGUUGACGCUUCUUGGAAAAACUUAACCUAUUCUCUGUCAGGUCUCUUUUGUGCUUCAAUAAACUUCCUAGAGUCUUCUAGCUCUUAUUCUGCUCCUAAAUUGGCGUUUCAGUCAGCCUUCGGUAGUUUAAGAUAUGGUACAUUGCCGUGCGAAGCUGUCUGUUAAGAGAAUCUUACUCCAUGGUUGAAACUUCUUCCUUGUCGAGACAAAGCUGGACUUUCAGCCUUAAUGGAUAGACCAUCUAUUUACGGGAGUUUUUAUCAUUCACAGCGAUUGCACUUGACAGCAUCCAGUGCUCCUGCAGAUGGGUUAGAUUCUGGAGUUAUUCUAGAACAAACACUUACAGUUGUACUUCAGCCUAAUGUUCAGAGAGCCGGUAUGAGUUAUCAUGAUGAAAUAAAGAUUCAACCAAGCUGGUCUUUAAGCUCAAUAUUUGGACAAAAAGUGAAUGGAAGAUGUGUUCUUGCUAAAUCGAGUAAUGUCUACCUACAAGUUGAGAGAGGUCUAGUCUCUCAACUUGAGAACCUCCAGAAGAAUGCUGUGGCAUAUGAUGCUAAUGACAGAGGUACAGAAGUGUUGAGAAGGAAUCUUGGCUUUGAUUUAUCUAUUAUGCCAGAUAAGAUUCAUAGAGAACUGGGAAAGAGCUCCACAAUUCUGAAUGAAUAUUCGAUCAAAGGGUACAAUGAUACCGAACAAUUUGAUUUAGGCAUAACAUGGAAGUAUCCAGUUGUUUGGUCCUCCUCACAUGCACCUUUCUAUGCCAGUAGAUUUUUAAUGGGAAGUGGAAAUGAAAGGGGUUCGAUUGCAAUAUCCUUGAAGUCUACAGAAUUGACCAAGAGCUUCAUUGCAGCCAAUAAUGUUGAAGAGAAGUGUAAGUUACAAGUUAAUGUUCUCCAAAUUGUGCCUUGGUAUAUUAAGGUAUACUAUCAUACCUUACAAUUAUUAGUAGAUGGAAAGCCUCAAGCAGUCACAGACUUUGUUGAGAAAAUGAGUGUUUCACCUUCUGAAGACAAAGUAUCAUCAGGAGUGAUGGAGCUGAUCCUCAGACUUCCUUGUGAGAUUAAAUCGGCUGUAUUAAAUAUCGAGUUUGAUAAGGGCUUCUUGCACAUUGAUGAAUACCCUCCAGAUGCUACUCAAGGACUUGAUAUCCCAUCAGCAAUAAUAAGCUUUCCUGACUUCCAUGCUGGUUUGCAAUUUUCUGAUGACUCUAUAACCAAGUCGCCAAUGCUGUCUAAAUUCCAGGAAAAGAGCCCUGUUCUCUCAUACACAGAAGUUUUACUCGUACCCGUGGCAACUCCUGAUUUCAGUAUGCCUAACAUGGUCAUUACAAUUACUUGCAUAGUUUUUGUAUUGUAUUUUGUAUUCUUGAUAAAGGUACUUCAAGGACGGGUUGGAGAUGAGGAAAUACUUUUGAAAAACAAAGUUGCAACAAAAGUUGUGUUCCUUUGUCGAGCAAUAAAUAAAUUGUCUGCGAGGCUAACGAGGAGAUCAUCAGAGUCCACACAACCACAACAGUCAUCCUCAUCAUCUGUAUUACUCCAAAAUUGAUUCUUAAAUUACAAUUAGUUGCAGGAAUUGUUGUUGUAUGGAAAUACUGCUCGAAAUGAUACCAUAUAAUUUGGUAGUAUUUGGUGUAUUAUAUUCCUCGAUGCAUCUUUCUUUGGCUUCAUCAAGCCUUGGCUUGAGACUCCAUAGGAUUACCUUUUCGCUGCCUCUGUCUAACCAUUUUUCU